GUGGCCGAUAGACGAGAGAGAACGACCCCGAGGAGCCAAUCCCUCUGCGGAGGAGGCGAGCUCUCCCGUGGCACAGAUUCGCGGCAGCCUGUGGGAGUGUCCGCGACGAGCGGCUUCUGCCCCGCCCCCAGCCUUGGCUCCUGGGUUCUGGGUCCCCGGUCCCCAGAGAGGUGAGUCGGCUGCAGGUGGGCGUGUGGAGCGGGGCUGUCGGUGGUGCUGCCGUCGCAGGCGCCACCGCCGGCUCGCACCCGGCCACGUAGUUGAGCCGCGCGCCAGAGUGCUGCAGCUUCGCCAAGCCCCAGGCCAGCUGGGGCGCGGAGUCGGAGCCGGGCGCCCUCGGAGGCCGGAGCGGCUGGGCCUCGGAGCCUCGGGGGUGAGCAGCCGCCGCGCCUCCGUGUACCUUGCUGGCUAGCAGGAGGUUUCCGCUAACUCACAACCCCCAGCGUGCGCCGUGGCCUGCCUGGGCUCGCCCUGUAGCGCCUGGCGAGAUGCUGGAGGUCGGCCUGUGGAGGAUGCGGGGGAGCUGGUGCAGGCUACCUGGAUGACAGCCUGAACUUUUCCCAGGGAUUCCUGUCAGCCCAUUAGGUCACGUUGCGCAUUUUCCUGUGAGACCGCUUGUGCUUGCCGCUGAAAUAAAAGCGGUAUUUCCCCCAGUUUCCUUUUAGGACAUUAUGACUUUUCUCCUUUGCAAGACAGUUCAAGAAACUGGCAGAAAAACAAACUCUUCCCACUCUCAGGGACUGUGUUGUCUUCAGGAGUUUGGGGUCAAGUCCAGCGAAUGAGGAGGCUCUGUUUGCAUCCUUUCCUCUCCAAUAUCCUCAGAGGAGCUUCGUUUCUAGCAUCUUUCUAGCAUUCAGGGUCAUGAUCCCGAAGGCUUGAGCUGUUUACAAGGAGAGAGAAGCUGUCUCCUGAGCCCCAAAAUGGCGGCUAAGAUGGAGAUAACUUUGAGCUCGCAGUCCCACAUUCAGGCUUCCUCCAAGCAAGAGAGACAUAUAAUAGCAAAGCUAGAAGAAAAACGGGAGCCCGCUCUGCAAAAAGACUGGCCCGAUCCUGAGCUCUCCCGCCAGAGUUUUAGACGGUUUUGUUAUCAAGAGGUGUCUGGACCCCAAGAGGCGCUCUCCCGUCUCCGGCAGCUCUGCCGUCAGUGGCUGCAGCCUGAGGUGCACACCAAGGAGCAGAUUUUGGAGCUGCUGGUGCUGGAGCAGUUUCUGAACAUCCUGCCUCCGGAGAUCCAGGCUCGGGCCAGGCAUCAAUGUCCAAUGAGCAUCAAGGAGAUUGUGACCCUGGUGGAAGAUUUUUACAGAGCAGCCAAGGGACCAAAGCAGUGGGUGGCUGUUUGUAUGGAGGGCCAGAAGGUGCUCUUGGAGAAAACUGGAUCCCAGCUUGGAGAACAGGAACUGCCAGACUUUCAACUGCAAACUCCUAGCAGAUAUCCCAGGGAGAGCUCUCUGGAGGAGACGUCCCAGGCAGGAUCUCAGGAUCAGCGGAGCCCCCGUCAUUGGGAAAAAUCCCUGCUCCUCCAGGACCCAACCCCCAAAUUGGCUGAGACAGAGGCCUCCAGAAUGAAAAGUGACAACAAGGAAAAUCCACAGCAGGAGGGGGCUAAAGGAGCAAAACCAUGCGCGUUGUCAGUGGGCAGACCCAAAGGGAAUGGUCUGCAGAGCCCCGAACCCAGAGGGGCGACUGUGAGUGAGUCCCGGUUGUCACGGAGGCAGGUCAGCCCCCCACGUGCUCAAAAGCCAUUUGCUCACUACCAGAGACAUUGCAGGGAACUGGAAUACAUCAGCGGCCCCCUGAAGAGCCACCCACUGAGAGAGCUGAAGAAAAGCAAGGGAAGCAAAAGAAACCUGAGCAGCCGUUUGCAACGUCUUGGUCACCAGCCGACCCGCUCGGCGAAGAAACCUUACAAAUGUGAUGACUGUGGGAAAAGCUUCACGUGGAAUUCAGAGCUGAAAAGACACAAGCGAGUCCACACAGGGGAGAGGCCCUACACGUGCGGAGAGUGUGGGAACUGCUUCGGGCGGCAGUCCACCCUGAAGCUGCACCAGAGGAUCCACACCGGAGAGAAACCCUACCAGUGCGGCCAGUGUGGGAAAAGCUUUCGCCAGAGCUCAAACCUUCACCAGCAUCACAGACUCCACCAUGGGGACUGAAAGCAGGGCUGGGUCCUCUCUGUUCAGAAGAAGGUACUUGCAUUUCUCCUUCCCCUAGCUUGCAUGUAAAUCACAAAGACCGUCUGCGUGACUUACAAGGAAGAAAGCAAGAGAUCCCUGAGGAGUGAUGGCGCCCGUCGGGCUGGUGAGGCGUCGGUCGGGAAAAGGCUGACGGGGGACUUGAUCGUGCAUGGGGUCAUGUACGAUGACGGGGGAAGAGAUGGCAGGUCUAGGCAUUGGGUCAGAGAGCACCGGGGUGUCUGUUGGAGAGCGGGGAGUCACUACUGAGGGAGAAUCAGGACGAUCCUGCAGAUGUGCCCCACACCUUGAUGUUAAAUCUCCCCUUGCUGCUUUAUUUAUCCUCUAAAUCUGUUCAAGGAUAAAUCCUAUAUAUAGUUAUGCAUUUGCUGUCCUACCAGACAAUCUUUAUCAUGCACACACUCCUUUAAUAAAGAUGAGUGAUCUGCAAGAA